AUGGCUGGUGUGGGGAAGGAUGAUGCUAGCGGACAUAUCGCUUAUUUUAUAAGGUGCACCGGAGGAGAUGCGGAAGAAAAUAUCUAUGAGGAGUCGACUCUGAGCGAAGCCGACACCGAAAUUUACACAUCGCUACAAGCAAACGACCUGGAUGAAUCCGAAUAUGGGAAAGAAGAAAAUGAGGAGGAAAACGAAGAAGAACAAGAAGAUGUAGAUGAAGAACGAGAAAAAGUUGACGAAGAAAAACAAGAAGAUAGAGAAGGAGAAGAAGAUGACGAUGACGAAGAAGAAGCCGAUGGCGAGGCUGAAGAAAAUGAAAACAGGAGAAGAGCCUUUGAGCAAAUUGCGAAACACGGACGGGCUAUUCUCCGAAAAAUUAUAAAGAUUAAUACACUCUAUAAAAGCUCUGAGUUCUAUAAGAGCUCUAUAAAAGCGAAGAGGAAAGCUCAAGUACAAACAGGAGGAGGCAUUUCACACGAAGAAGAACAAGAAGAUCGUUAUUUACAUCGGCUUCAGAACUAUUCGGAUCUUCAACAGUAUCACCAGCAGCAGCAUCAGCAACAGCAGCAGCAGCAGGAGCACUGACGAGGAUGCCGCGGUCGCGUAGCGACACAGAAUUGCGACCAAACUCAAAAAAAUUGCUAAUGAUUUCAACGCAAAACCCACGUUCUUUAGUAUGAAUUGAGAGACAUGAUCAGAGUUUGCUAAAACGCUCUACCAGCACAUUCCAAAAAGAAUGAACAAGAAUAUACAAGAUCUGCUGCAACAAUUGCGAUGCGUGUUAUGUCGGACAAUUAUGAGACAAUUAAAAGACUGCAUAAACAUCAAAAUCAUAUACGCAAAAACACAAAUACACAUUCAGUCAUUACCGAGCACAGAUUAGACUACGACCACGAAGUUGACUGGAACGAUAUGAAUGAAAUUUACAGAAAUCACUGAUUUCAGAAAUGCUUUUUAUUAAAAAACAAAAUAAUAGUCUAAAUUUCGUUACAGUCACAGUUUGAUAUUGAAUUCUUGCAUCACGCAUACGUUUUCUUCUUGAACAAGCUGUAAUUUCGGUUUUGUUUUGAUUGCAUUAAAUUUAAAAAAGUCAUCUACUGCUUGAAGCUCAAGCGCUGUGCGAUGUGUUGCUCGGCGCGAACUGUGCCGCACUCCUGCACGUGCUUUCUCCGUUUUAGUGUGAACUGUGUUCAUUUGAUAAUUGACAGCCCUUAAUGACCAUUGUCUUGUUUUCUUUAAAGAUGACAUAUAUAUGUACGGUCAUAAUAAUUAUUAAUUAACGAUUUUAUCAUCGGUGGGCUCAUCAGAUGAACACAAGAUCUUAUCUUUAUUUUUAUAUUCACUGAAGAUAACUCAAACUUGAGUCCAAACGUCUGUAUUAUAUAUUAAAGUUUGUAAUAAAGAGUGUUAAUUGCGCACUGUAAA